UAUUUUGAUCAACAAUCGUUUUUCCUUUCAAAAAUUUUGCUUACCUCUUGUAUGAUUUUUGGAUCUCUUGAAGAAUUUCACACAAAAGAAAGUCUACACAAAAGAAAAUCUACUUUUGUUUCAGAAUAGACUACAUUUUACCAUUUCUUAUAAUCAGGUUAUAGGUUAAUAGCUCCUUAGCUCCGAUUUUCCGGCGACUUCUCUGCGCUUUCUGCCACCUGAUCGGAUCUCCUCACAGAUCCGUUUCAACUCUAUAUUUCUAGUUUCUUAUUCUUUUUCUUCUUUUUCAACUCGACUUCUCCGGGAAGUCUUUCGGGGUUUUCAUCGACUCUAGUCACGGAUACUGGUCCCAUAGCCGGAUCUACCAUAUCUCCGGCGAACGCAUCAAGGACAUCUCCCUUCUCCGGCAUAUUUGUUUGGAGAAGAUAGGUUGUUUCUUCACUACUGGUCCAUAGCUGUUCACUGCAUUGGCAGUCAUCAGGAAGGAAUAGGAGCUUGGUCUUUCCUUGUUACAGUUUCUUCAAUGGCGACAAUAGCUUCUGGUGCUUUGGUUAAUUUAGAAGAGCUGGUUCCAUCUUCGCAACACUUUAAGCAUGGCAUCUCUCUUCGCAUUACUGGAAAGCUUCAAGAUUAUGAUGUGGAGACUGCUGUUGCUGUGAUUGUUGAUAGAAAUGCAUCAUUAAAAGUUGACACACAGCACUUGAAUAUCAAUCUUCGCAUUGGUUCCAUCUUCCAGUUUAUUGGAGAACUGCUUCUUGAACCCAAUCAUGAGGCAAUUCUGAAGGCACGAGUUGGACGAAAUGUAGAUGGAAUGGAUCUCAAUCUGUAUCGUCAAUCCCUGCAGCUCUUGAGAGAUUUUCAAGCUGGUCAUUGAAUAGUUAGUCACCUUACUAUAGGAUUUAUCGUUGCAAAUUUACCAAAAGUAAUAGCUAGAUAUCAUUUUGGAACGGGCAUGUAUUCAUGGUUGGAAGCCUUGUUAUACUAUUUCCAAAAUGUAGUUUUUCCUUUUUAGCUCUUGUUAAAAGAGAGCAUGCAUGACCAGUGGUGAUGUUUGAAGUAGUAGUAUUAUAUCAGUUGCCUAUUUGCA